AUGGAUGUAUCCAAGAAAAGCAAACGAGAUGGCACUGAAGUCACCGAAAGAAUUAUCACAGAAACUGUAACUACAAGACUCACAUCGUUACCACCAAAAGGUGGGACCGGCAAUGGCUAUGCUAAGACGGGCUCUCUCAGUGGAGGAAGCCGGCUAGAGAGACAAAGCCUGAGUCAUGGCAGCAGCAGCUGCAUCAACUCAAGUGGCAGCAUCCGAGGUAAUGCCUCCACCUCCAGUUACAGGAGGGCUCAUUCACCUGCCUCUACUCUGCCCAACUCACCAGGCUCAACCUUUGAAAGGAAAGCUCACGUGACCCGCCAUGGAACCUAUGAAGGGAGCUCCAGUGGUAACUCUUCCCCUGAGUAUCCGCGGAAGGAAUUUGGAUCUUCUUCUACCAGAGGACGGAGCCAAACGCGAGAGAGCGAAAUUCGAGUUCGGCUGCAGAGUGCAUCACCAUCUACCAGGUGGACAGAGCUGGAUGAGGUGAAGCGUUUGCUCAAGGGGAGCCGAUCAGCCAGUGCCAGUCCCACCAGAAACACCUCCAACACGCUGCCCAUUCCCAAGAAGAACACUGUGGAGGCCAAAAUGGUGACAGCCAGCUCCCAGUCAGUGUCCGGAACCUACGAUGCAACAGUACUGGAUACCAACCUUCCCUCCCACAUGUGGUCCUCCACCUUGCCUGCAGGGUCCUCCAUGGGGACCUAUCACAACAACAUGACAACACAGAGCUCCUCUCUCCUCAACACGAAUGCAUACUCAGCAGGAUCAGUCUUUGGAGUUCCAAAUAACAUGACGUCCUGCUCCCCCACGCUGAACCCUGGACUCAGCACCUGCUCCUCAGUGUUUGGCAUGCAGAACAAUCUGGGCCCCAGCUCAUGUGCCCUAUCCCAUGGCACAACCACCACUUCCACAGCAUAUAGUAUGAAGAAAAACGUGUCCCAGAGCCCUGCUGUUGUGAGCACCGGUGUGUCAACCUCUGCCGCCUGCACCACCAGUGCCCAGAGCGAUGACCUUUUGCACAAGGACUGUAAGUUCUUGAUUCUGGAGAAAGACAAUGUGCCGGCCAAGAAGGAGAUGGAACUCCUGAUCAUGACCAAGGACAGCGGCAAAGUCUUUACCGCCUCCCCCGCCAGCGUUGCCGCAACCUCUUUUUCAGAUGACACCCUGAAAAAAGAAAAACAGGCUGUCUACACUGCUGACACCUGCCUCAAGGCGGACGUGAAUGGAGAUGUGAAGUCCGUCUCUAUGAAGGGCAAGGCCACCUCUGCAGAAGUCCACGGCUAUGACCGAGGUGGCGGCGCAGGCGGAGGCGGUGGCGGCGGCCGCGGGAGCACCUGGGGGGCCGCCCCGGCCUGGUGUCCCUGCGGCUCCUGCUGCAGCUGGUGGAAGUGGCUGCUGGGACUGCUGCUCACCUGGCUGCUGCUGCUGGGGCUGCUCUUCGGCCUCAUCGCGCUGGCGGAAGAGGUGAGGAAGCUGAAAGCCCGCGUGGACGAGCUGGAGAAGACCAGGGCCGGUGUGGUCCGUUAUGAGGAGGCGGUGGAGAGGAGCAACAAGGACCGCCUCCAGGCCAUGGCCCCAGGGGUGGGAUUUGACCUCGACAAAGCCGGCCUGGACGGCCCCAGCCAGGAGGCGAUCUGGCUGUUUGUGAGGAACAAGUUGAUGACCGAACAGGAAAACGGAAAUCUCCGAGGAAGCCCAGGCCCUAAAGGUGACAUGGGAACUCAAGGCCCCAAAGGAGACCGAGGCUUCCCUGGGACUCCAGGUAUCCCUGGGCCCCUGGGCCACCCUGGUCCAGAAGGACCAAAAGGACAAAAAGGCAGCGUGGGAGAUCCUGGCAUGGGAGGCCCCAUGGGCCAGAAAGGGCGAGAAGGCCCCAUGGGACCUCGUGGUGAACCUGGACCUCCAGGAUCUGGAGAAAAGGGAGACAGAGGCACUGCUGGAGAACCGGGUCCUCAGGGCCCUCCUGGUGUCCCUGGUUCUGUGGGCCCCAAAGGUUCCAGUGGCUCUCCUGGUCCCCAGGGUCCCCCAGGUUCGAUUGGUCUCCAAGGGCUCCGAGGUGAAGUGGGACUCCCUGGUCUUAAAGGUGACAAAGGACCUAUGGGACCACCAGGACCCAAAGGUGACCAGGGUGAGAAAGGACCCCGAGGCCUCACAGGUGAGCCUGGCAUGAGAGGUUUGCCUGGGGCCAUGGGUGAGCCUGGAGCCAAAGGAGCAAUGGGUCCUGCGGGCCCUGAUGGACAGCAAGGCCCAAGAGGUGAACAGGGUCUAACAGGGAUGCCUGGCACUCGUGGCCCACCAGGACCAUCUGGAGAUCCAGGAAAGCCAGGUCUCACGGGACCCCAAGGACCUCAGGGACUUCCUGGUAGCCCUGGCCGACCAGGGACUAGAGGUGAACCCGGACCUCCAGGCAGAGUCAUGACCUCAGAAGGAGCAUCCACGAUCACUGUGCCAGGGCCCCCAGGACCUCCUGGAGCCAUAGGACCCCCAGGACCUCCAGGGACUCCAGGCCCUGCUGGUCCUGCUGGUCUCCCAGGACAACAAGAAGGUGUUGACCUACGAGGUCCCCCGGGCCCACCUGGGCCACGUGGGCCACCAGGGCCUUCUAUCCCAGGCCCACCAGGACCCCGUGGCCCUCCAGGGGAAAGCAUGCCGGGCCCGCCGGGCCCACCAGGAUCGUUCCUGACAGACUCAGAAACCUUCUUCUCUGGACCCCCAGGCCCACCUGGCCCCCCAGGUCCCAAGGGAGACCAAGGUCCCCCAGGCCCUCCAGGACAUCGAGACACCAGUUCUCUUGGAUUCAACAUGCAGGGGCCACCAGGCCCUCAGGGACCCAAAGGUGACAAAGGUGAUCCUGGUGUCCCAGGGACUCCUGGCAUCCCUGGUGGUCCCUCUCGAGGGGGAUCAUCGGCCACCAUGUACAUGCAGGGGCCACCCGGCCCUCCAGGACCCCCUGGGCCUCCAGGGUCCCUCAGCAGUUCUGGUCAGGAGAUUCAGCAGUACAUCUCGGAGUACAUGCAGAGUGACAGGAUAAGAACGUACCUCUCUGGAGUGCAGGGUCCCCCAGGACCACCAGGUCCCCCAGGGCCUGUCACCACCAUUGCAGGAGAGACUUUUGACUAUGCCCAGCUAGCAAGCCACGUCAUGAGCUACUUGCGGACAUCGGGCUACGGCAUCAGCAUGACCUCUGGCUCUCUCACCUCUGAGGACAUCCUGGCUGUACUACAGCGGGACGAUGUGCUUCAGUACCUGCGUCAGUACCUGACGGGCCCUCGAGGUCCUCCGGGGCCACCAGGAGCCGGUGGCGAUGGGUCCUCCCUGUCUGUGGACUACGCAGAGCUGAGCAGACGCAUUCUCAGCUACAUGUCUAGUUCUGGGAUCAGCAUUGGGCUUCCUGGCCCACCAGGACCCCCUGGCCUGCCGGGAACAUCCUAUGAGGAACUACUUGCCAUGCUCCGAGGGUCUGAAUAUAGAGGCAUCAUUGGACCACCAGGGCCCCCAGGACCACCGGGGAUGCCAGGCAAUGCCUGGUCCAGCAUCAGUGUGGAGGACCUCUCAUCUUACUUGCACACUGCCGGCUUGUCAUUCGUCCCUGGCCCUCCAGGCCUUCCUGGGCCCCCAGGUCCUCGAGGACCCCCAGGAGUCUCUGCAGCUCUGGCCAACUACGCAGCUGAAAACAGCGACAACUUCCGCAGCGAGCUGAUUAGCUACCUCACAAGUCCUGAUGUGCGCAGCUUCAUCGUUGGUCCCCCGGGCCCUCCUGGGCCACAAGGACCCCCUGGAGACAGCCGCCUCGCCUCGAGGGACGACUCCUACAAUUGGGGCAGCAGCUCCUCCAUCAGACGGGGCACUUCCUACGGUUCUUCCAUGGGUCUGGGGGGAGCCAACGGAGGCUCCAUGGGUGAAGGCGCAGGAAAUGGAGGUCCCUAUGGCACUGACGUCGGCCCCGGCGGAGGCUACGGGGCAGCGGCAGGAGGCGGCAUGUACGGCACCAAUGGUGACUCGCUCCAUGCUGGCUUCGCUGGAGGGCUGGAUUAUAACGAGCUGGCUGUGCGGGUGUCGGAGAGCAUGCAGCGUCAGGGCCUGCUACAAGGGAUGGCCUACACUGUCCAGGGCCCCCCAGGCCAGCCUGGGCCCCAAGGGCCCCCAGGCAUCAGCAAGGUCUUCUCUGCCUACAGCAAUGUGACGGAGGACCUCAUGAACUUCUUCCGCGUGCAUGGAACCAUCCCUGGACCACCUGGGCAGAAGGGAGAAGUGGGCACCCCAGGACUCAAAGGUGACAGAGGCCCUGCUGGACCACGGGGUCCUCCUGGGCCCCCAGGCCCGCGAGGGCACAAGGGAGAGAAGGGAGACAAAGGGGACCAAGUCUAUGCUGGGCGAAGGAAGAGGAGCAUUGGCAUCAAGCCAUGAGCUGGAUUUGCAGUGCACAUGGCCACCUGUAUCAUACGGUCUCCCAGAGCGAAAGCUGGAAUUUGGUCCACGUCCCACUGAGACCAACCGUCACCUAGCAACACAACACUUGUUUUAGUCUGAACAAAAUACAUAUAUAGGGAAAAGACAUUCAAAGAUACAUACUCCGGAUCGGCUUGCCUGGGUGGACCUGGAGUAGCUGCACUGUUUCACGUGAGACUGCUUCUCUACUAUCUAGAUCCGAGCUCCUUGGCGUCUUUAGCACUUAGAUCAGGCCUCAACCUCAGGAAGCCAGUCUCAUAAAAGUUCGCUUGGGAGUCUUGGAGCUUUGCCUAAAGUGGAUCCCAGAUACUAAAAGAUGGGGGUGGGAUGCCUUCCUGAGGGUGACACUUGGGAGUGUUGUGGUUACUAUAACAGGGAUGUGCUGUCAGCUCCUUACACUGAAGAGAUUCGGAAAAGCACUUCUUCCUCAAAGGAUCAAGUUUGGUCAGAGCUGUGAUCUGCACGUAUCAAGGUCAGUGUAUGCACUACAGCAACCAGGACAAAGGACCAGCAGGCAAGGAAGGGGCAGUAGGGGAAACAAUACUCAAUGCUGGACAAAGACGGCUUCUGCUCAUACUGUCACCCUCUGUUCUUCACUUAAGAAAUGGCAUGGGCACUGGGUGCAGUUGGUUUGUAAGCACGUUUCAUUCUUAAAAGCUUUGUAUGUGGUCUACAAGAUGAAAAGUCAUUUCAAUUGUAAAAUUUCCAAUUAAAGAUUUUUUUCCUUUUUUAAA